CGUCGGUAGUAUUGUGAGCCUCGUCACCUGCUUUCACACAAGCUGUCAAAAGGUGCGUCGCCACGACAUGGCCAGGUGUCGCACGAACUAUCAGACCAUGUCAUGAACAGCGCCACCGGUGUCGAGGGAAUGCGAGGUCUGUUAGGUAACACUAAGUCCGGGGAGCUGCCUUCAUGCACGACGAGACGAAUCAGGAAUCCUUCCGCCGCUCCCGAACCACCGCACUGCUCUAUGCCACACUUGUGUGCCUUCCACUGGCUUUCGACAGGAUUGAUAAACGAGCAUUGGGAUGUUUAUGCGAUUUCACCAUGCUUGAAAGCUUGACGAGCGAGUGUUACCGGAUAGUUGGCGCUACACCAAUCACCGUCAUGCGGUUUGUAAACCGUGUAAGCUCGUUUGCGCAAGCAACUGAAAAGUCGACGUUUCAACAGAGAACAAUUUGAAUGUGUGAGGGGAUUGUGAAUACGCAUGUCUGUAUUUUGCGCAGCACUGGGCGCCGUUGGUAGUGGUGCGAGAACAAGAUCUUCUUGUUCCCGUACCACCACCGGCGCGGCGGGGACUGUGGCGCCUGCGCGCGGCGGUGUUGUGCGGCGGCCAGACUGGGCGAUGCUGGAUGCGGGUUUCAUUUGGACAGGUGUGCGGUGUACCGGUCAAACUCCGUGUUGCGGGUCAGUCUAUUUUUUUAUCGAUUCACGAGCGAGACUGAACCGCCGGUGGCACCACUUUCCUCCUCCUAUAAGCCUCCCAAUUGUCUCGGGUCCGCACACCGCAUUCCACACACUCCUCGACGACCACACGAUGUCAAAGACCGACGCAAAAGCAGAGAAGAGACAGAAGUUCGAGGCGGUGUACGAUGUGCUGCGCGAUGAACUGCUCGAACACUUUGCAGCGCAAGGUAUGCCGGAGGAAGCGAAGCAGUGGUACCGCAAGAACUUGGACUACAACGUGCCCGGAGGCAAGCUGAACCGCGGACUGUCCGUAGUCGACACGGUUGAGAUCCUGAAGGGGAGGACAUUGACGGAGGAUGAGUACUUCAAGGCAGCACUCCUCGGCUGGUGCGUUGAACUACUGCAAGCCUUCUUCCUCGUAUCAGACGACAUGAUGGAUCAGUCCAUCACUCGCCGUGGCCAACCAUGCUACUUCCGGCUCGAAUAUGUGAACCUGAACGCCAUUAACGACUCCUUCAUGCUCGAGAUGGCCAUAUACCACCUCAUCAAGUCGCACUUCCGCUCAGAGCCAUACUACAUCCACUUGCUAGAGCUGUUCCUCGAGACCACCUACCAAACGGAGAUGGGUCAAUUGAUCGACCUCAUCACCGCACCCGAGGACAACGUCGACCUCAACAAGUUCUCCCUCCAAAAGCACCAGCUCAUCGUCAUCUUCAAAACCGCCUACUACUCCUUCUACCUCCCCGUCGCGCUCGCGAUGUACAUGUGCGGGAUCCCGCACGCGUCCGCGGGCGCGUCGAGCACGGACCCGUACGCGCUCGCCAAGGCGAUCCUCAUCCCGCUCGGCGAGUACUUCCAGGUGCAGGACGACUUCCUCGACUUCGCGGGCACGCCGGAGCAGAUCGGCAAGGUCGGCACGGACAUCAUCGACAACAAGUGCUCGUGGUGUGUCAACACCGCGCUCGCGCACGCCGUGCCCGCGCAGCGCGCCGUCCUCGACGCGAACUACGGCCGCAAGGACGCGCAGUGCGAGGCGCGCGUGAAGGCGCUGUAUGAGGAGAUGGGCAUCCGGAAGCUGUACGAGGAGUACGAGGAGGGCGCGUACAAGCGUAUCAUGGGCCUCAUCGAGACCAUCCCGGAGAACCCCGUGGCCAAGCCUGGGGAGGUGACGCUGAAGAGGGAGGUGUUUAAGAGCUUCUUGAACAAGAUCUACAAGAGGCAGAAAUGAGGGUGAUAUGUUGGUGCGCGUGUCGAAUAUCUUGGUAUCUAGUACUUUACACGUUACUGUCUAUUGCAUUGCUUUCGUUUCCCCGCGGCAUUCUUCAGUGGCCAGACCCACAAGUGUGCCGAGCGAUGGCCACUCCUCUGCCCGGUGUGAAUGAGGCAGCUUCGCUACU